AUGGGUACUCGCGAUUUAUUAGAUAAGAUUGCGCCGAGUGUCAGCCUGCCGUCUGGUCUGCACGUGGGGCGGUCGAACACGCGGCAGGUGGCGGAGCGGCGGCUCAGCGACGUGCAGGCCUUCCUCACCUCCCUGUUCAAUUUGGCGGACGAGAUCGCGCACUCAGACCUCGUGUACACAUUCUUCCACCCCCUGCUGCGAGACCAGCAGGACGUUGAACCACAGAGGAUGAAGCAUCGAGGCGAGUCGAGCGAGGCGGAGAGCAGCGGCUCGGGGUCGCUGAAGCUGUCGGUGCAGUACGCGGGCGGCGCGCUGGCCGUGCUCAUCCUGCACGCGCAGUCGCUGGCCGCCACGCCGCAGGGCCUGCCGCCCAACCCUUACGUCAAGGUGUACCUAGUGCCCGAUCCAACCAAAGAGACGAAGCGCAAGACCCGCGUGCUGAAGCGCAACUCGCACCCCUCGUUCAUGGAGAUGCUGGACUGCGCCGUGGCAGCUGCCCCGCCCUCGUGCCCUGCGGUAGCUCCCGUGCCCCUCACAAGAUGA